AUGCAGCCCUCGACCGGCGACUCCGAGCAGAGGAGUGGCAAGCGCAAAUCGACCGGCAAGAGAAAGCUCCCCGAACAAGGAGAGCCAUCGCAGCCACAGUCUCAGCGAACCAUAUCCGAGCUUUUGUCAAAGAGCAAAUCUUCUCACGAUCCCCUCUCAGUGCAUUCCUCACCGACCUCUAAGCGGUCCCGCUUCUCCAUCUCUCCCUCGGAAUCAUCCUCCCAUCCGGUCUCUCCGAACAAGAUGUAUAAUUUCGCUGGUUCUCCGUCCAAGAAUAGCGCAGUCUGCGCUCGUACAGCCCCUGCGCAGAACUCAGCGCCGGUAAAAUCCCAGGCGUUUAAUGCUGCGGGUCGCCAGGGCAAUUUCAGCCCUAAUGUUGGGGCCAAGAAACUCGUCGUUAAGAACCUUCGUACGGGCCCACGGGUCAACCACGAGCCUUACUUCGACAAGAUAUGGUCACAACUGGAUUCAGCUUUGUCGGACAUUUUUGAUGGGAAGAAGCCGAGCCUGUCAUUGGAGGAACUUUACAAAGGCGCCGAGAAUGUUUGUCGACAAGAUCGUGCUGCACUUCUGGCCAAGAAAGUCCAGAGCAGAUGCAAAGAUUACGUGGCUGGUAAACUUCGAGACAACCUAGUAGCGAGAUCUGGGGGUGGUACCAACGUGGAUACACUUCGGACGGUGAUUGAAGCAUGGUCUUCAUGGCAUUCCAGACUGAUCACUGUUCGUUGGGUAUUCUACUAUCUUGACCAGUCGUUUUUGCUACACUCCAAAGAGUUCCCGGUGAUCCAUGAAAUGGGAUUGAUACAAUUCCGCUCCUACGUCUUCGCCGAUCCAAGUCUUAAACCUAAGGUUUUGCAAGGUGCCUGCGAUCUUAUUUCGGUCGAUCGUGGCGAAGAAGCUGGUGGCGUUUCAGACCCCAGCUUACUCCGAGCGGCCAUAGAACUCUUCCACAACCUGGACGUUUACAAUAGUGAGUUUGAGCCACUUUUUAUUUCCAGUACAGGAAAAUUCGUCACAGCGUGGGCUGCCCGCGAGUCAGCAAAUUCACUAGCUUCAUAUGUGGAGAAAAGCCACGGCUUAAUCGAAAGCGAGGUCGCACGAUGUGGCUUCUACUCUCUCAAUCGAAGCACGAAGCAGAAGCUGUCUGAGCUGUUGGACGAGACAUUGAUUACUCAACAUGAAGACGUCCUUCUCCAGCAAGACCAAGUUGUGAAUUUGAUGCGGUCGGGCAACAAAUCCGCUUUGAAACAACUGUAUGGCCUCCUCAGUCGCCGCAAGCUUGGCGGCGAACUCCAGACAGCUUUUCGAAGUUACAUCAUUGAAGAAGGUUCGGGCAUUGUGUUUGACGAAGAGCAUGAGGCAGAUAUGGUUGUCCGAUUAUUAGCAUUCAAACAACAGCUUGAUGAUAUUUGGACGAAUUCGUUCAGCGCAGACUCAGAGCUCGGAAACACUCUCCGAAAGGCCUUUGACACUUUUAUGAACUUAACCAAGAAAUCCGAGUCUACCGGUGGUACAGACAAUUCGAAGACUGGUGAAAUGAUUGCCAAGUAUCUUGACCGAUUACUGAAGGGUGGCUUAAAGGCGAUGACUCCUGGUCAGCAGGAUGCGCCUUUGGCUGACGAAAACACUGAGAUUCAACGGCAGCUAGAUCAGGUCCUAGACUUGUUCCGCUCAGUGCAAGGGAAAGCUGUCUUCGAGGCAUUCUACAAGAAUGAUCUUGCCCGUCGUCUUCUCAUGAAUCGGAGUGCUAGUGAUGAAGCAGAGAAGAGUAUGCUAGUGCGGCUCAAGAAAGAAUGUGGCGCCAGUUUUACCCACAACCUCGAGUCCAUGUUCAAAGACAUGGAUGUGGCGCGGGACGAGAUGGCCGCUUACAAUGCACUGCGCGCGGAGACCGGGAAGGACCAAAACCUCGUUGACUUGAAUGUCAGUGUCCUAUCCGCCGCUUCGUGGCCUACAUACCCCGAUGUCCCUGUGCGAAUCCCGCAGGAUGUCUCGAAGGCCCUUGCCGACUAUGAGAAGUUCUACCACGGCAAAUAUAACGGUCGGAAGCUCACUUGGAAGCACCAGCUAGCGCAUUCCCAGCUGCGUGCUCAUUUCCCGAAGGGGUCCAAGUCUCUUGUGGUCAGUUCUUUCCAGGCAACCGUGCUCCUGUUGUUCAAUGAAGUCUCAGAUGGCGAGAGCUUGAGCUACUCGCAAAUCCAGAAAGAGACAGGUCUCUCGGAUCCGGAGUUAAAGCGAACUCUCCAAUCCCUAGCUUGCGCCAAGUACCGAGUCCUCACUAAGAAGCCCAAGGGCAAAGAAGUGGAGAACACGGAUGAGUUCGCGUACAACGCGGGAUUCGAAGACCCGAAGCUCCGCAUUAAGAUUAACCAGAUUCAACUCAAAGAGACCAAGGAGGAGAACAAGACGACACAUGAACGGGUCGCAGCGGACCGGCACUACGAAACACAAGCCGCCAUUGUGCGAAUAAUGAAGAGCCGCAAGACCAUCAAGCACUCCGAAUUGAUCGCGGACGUUAUUGCGGCCACUCGCAGCCGAGGCACGUUGCAGCCUGCAGAUAUUAAGCAGAACAUUGAGAAGCUGAUCGAGAAGGACUAUAUGGAACGGGGCGAUGGCAACACAUACAACUAUGUGGCAUAG